AAGUGGGCGGGGCGAUCGGAGCGCGGGCAGCGGCGAGUGAUGGCGGCGCGGCGGGGAGCGCUGAUCGUGUUGGAGGGUGUGGAUCGCGCCGGGAAGAGCACGCAGGGCCGGCGGCUCGUAGAGGCGCUGCGGGACGGCGGGCACCGCGCCGAGCUGCUCCGCUUUCCGGAGAGGAGCACAGAGAUUGGACGGCUGAUCAGCUCCUACCUGGGGAAGGAGAAGAACCUGGAGGACCACACCAUUCACCUGCUUUUCUCCGCCAACCGCUGGGAACACGUACCCUUGAUGAAAGAGAAACUGCAUCAGGGGAUCACGCUUGUGGUUGACAGAUACGCCUUCUCUGGAGUGGCCUUCACAAGUGCCAAAGAGAACUUCUGCCUGGACUGGUGCAAACAGCCUGAUGUUGGACUCCCAAAGCCAGAUCUGAUCCUAUUUCUUCAGUUAAGCCCGAAAGAAGCAGCGGAACGAGGGGACUUUGGAAAUGAACGUUAUGAGAACAGCUCCUUCCAAGAGAAAGUUCUACAGUCCUUCCAUCACCUGAUGAAGGACAAGACAUUAAACUGGAAGACAAUGGAUGCUUCAAAGAGCAUAGAAGACUUGCACCAAGAAAUCAAGUCCAUUGCAGAGGAAACCAUGCAGGAGGUGCAGAAUAAACCUUUGGGAGAACUCUGGAAAUAGAACUUUACACAGGUUUAUUCGUUUGGCCUGAAUGGGAAAUGCACCUCUUGGAUCUUCCUCACUUGUGAAGACUCUACAUCACCUUCCCGGGACUCCAGCUUUGUUCCCGUGUGUUCUGGGUCCAGCAUGGUGUUUUUAUCAGCUCCUCCCCUCCGGCCUGCGCAGCCCCUGCUGUCUUUUAUACACGGACACAGGAUGAGCACGUAACAAAUUCCUUGUACCGACCUCCCUGCCUCACGUGGGAGCUCGUUCCAGCCCCAGGUGUAGCACGGGGCUCCGGGGACGGCAGCGAGGGGCAGGCAGUGGCCUUCCCAGUUUCAGGGUGCAGCCAUGUGUCCGGUUCUCCUGCCUCUCAAGGAAAUGCAUCCCCCAUGCUGACACCAGGUUUUAGAGGACUUGCUAAUAAAUCUGAUUUUUAAAUAUUUUGUGCAGGGCAUUUGAUGAGAUUCAACAAAGCCAAGUGCAAGGUCCGGGUCAGGGCCAUCCACGGUUUCAAUCCAGGCUGAGAGCUGCCCUAAGAAGGACUGGGGGUGGUGUGGGAUGAGAAGCUCAAUGGCAACAAGUGCUCACAGCCCAGAAACCACCCGUGUCCUGGGCUGCAUCCAGAGCUGUGGGACCAGCAGGGAGGGAGGGGAUUCUGCCCCUCUGCUCCACUCUGAGACCCACCUGGAGCCCUGGGUCCAGUUCUGGAGUCCUCAGCACAGGGAGGACACGGAACUGUUGGAGAGAGUCCAGAGGAGGUCACGGAGAUGAUUCGAGGGCUGGAGCAGCUCUGCUAUGAAGACAGGCUGAGAGUUGGGGUUGUUCAGCCUGGAGAAAAGGUUGUGGGGAGACCUUAGAGCAGCUUCCAGUGCUGAAAGGGGCUCCAGGAAAGCUGGGGAGGGUUUUUUCCAAGGGCCUGGAGUGUCGAGAGGGAAUGGCUUUAAAUUGGAAGACUGAGAUUAGACAUUAGGAAGAAAUUCUUUCUCAUGAGGGUGGUGAGGCCCUGGCCCAGGGUGCCCAGAGCAGUGGUGGCUGCCCCAUCCCUGGAGGGGUUCCAGGCCAGGUUGGAUGGGGCUUGGAGCCCCUGAUCCAGUGGGAGGUGUCCCUGCCCAUGGAAGGGGUGGGACUGGAUGGGCUUUGAGGUCCCUUCCAACCCAAACCAUUCCAUGAUUUUUCCUGUGUGAUUGUUCCUCUAGGACACAGGAGGUGACAGUGCUGCGGCUCUGGCAUGAAAUCCAGGGAGAACACUUUGCUCGAGCUGUGGAACAGAGGGAGAGGAUCUGGAUGAUGACAAUGGGGCAAUUGCUGA